AUGGUUGGAGUCUCGCGAAUCGGAAUUUGCGACAAAGUACGAAUUGGAAUAAAAACUAUUGAAGCAGAUAUUAUACCUAUAGUAGCUACAGUAGUCAAUUAUUUAACAAGGUUUUUUUUAAUCAACACAAUAGUCGGCCCAAUGAUUGCUGGAAGCGGACAUAUGGACAAGCAUGGUAAUCGCCUCAACGAGAUGAUUUAUGACUCACACGAAAUCCGUCCAGAAUGA